AUGGCUAGUGAUGCGCCCGAAAACACAGAGCAGACUCCUCCUGCGCCAGAGGUUCCUUCUGAUGAGGCACCUCCCGCGCCAGCCAUUCCUGAUUCGCGACUACCGACUCGCAAGGAUAUCUCUCUUCGCGAGUUCUUGAAUAAAAUGGACGACUAUGCACCCAUUAUUCCCGAUGCAGUCACACACUACUACAUGACCAAAGCUGGUCUUCCACCUCCUCCACAGACCGAUCCCCGUCUUGCGCGACUGCUCGCCCUUGCGACUCAGAAGUUCAUCGCGGAUAUCGCCGCAGAUGCCUACCAGUACAGUCGCAUUCGCGCAUCAUCAAACACUAACAACCCAAUGGGAUCCCUGGGCGCCGCCGCCGGAUUCCCUAUUCCUGGACAACCAACUGGACCACCCGGAAGUAAGGAUCAGACGAAGGGUGCGCCUCUGGGUAUUCAGCGCCCGGGUUACGGAGGUGGUGGUCAGGGCGGCAGCCAGAACAGGACCGUCUUGACCAUGGAGGAUCUUGGAAUGGCUGUUGGAGAGUACGGAGUAAACGUCAAGCGUAGCGAGUUCUACCGCUGA